AUGCCUGUUUAAUUUAUAAUAGGCGAAAUUUGGAAAAAAAUUGGUUCAAUAGGUGCAUCAGACUUAGGUUCUGCUUUAGCAAAUUGCAUUAAUCUCUCAAAUUUGACACUUGAACUUUGUGAAAAUAAAAUUGGUGCAAUCGGUGCAUCAGGCUUAGGUUCUGCUUUCGCAAAUUGCAUUAAUCUCUCAAAUUUGACACUUGACCUUGCUGACAAUUAAAUUGAUGCAAUGGGUGCAUAAGGCUUAGGUUCUGCAUUAGCAAAUUGCAUUAAUCUCUCAAAUUUGACACUUUAUCUUGAUGAUAAUUAAAUUGGUGCAAUGGGUGCAUCAGGCUUAGGUUCUGCUUUCGCAAAUUGCAUUAAUCUCUCAAAUUUGACACUUGGCCUUGCUGGUAAUUAAAUUGGUGCAAUGGGUGCAUCAGGCUUAGGUUCUGCAUUAGCAAAUUGCAUUAAUCUCUCAAAUUUGACACUUAGCCUUGAUGACAAUUAAAUUGAUGCAAUGGGUGCAUAAGGCUUAGGUUCUGCAUUAGCAAAUUGCAUUAAUCUCUCAAAUUUGACACUUUAUCUUGUAUUGAAUUAAAUUGGUGAUGAAGGUGCAUCAGGCUUAGGUUCUGCAUUAGCAAAUUGCAUUAAUCUCUCAAAUUUGACACUUGACCUUGCUGGUAAUUAAAUUGGUGCAAUGGGUGCAUCAGGCUUAGGUUCUGCAUUAGCCAAUUGUAUUAAUCUAUCAAAUUUGAGACUUCAGCUUUCUGAAAAUUAAAUUGAUGAUGAAUAUGCAUCAGGCUUAGGAUCUGCUUUAGCAAAUUGCAUUAAUCUCUCAAAUUUGAAACUUAACCUUGGUGGCAAUUAAAUUGGUGAUAAAGGUACAUCAGGCUUAGGUUCUACUUUAGCAAAUUGCAUUAAUCUCUCAAAUUUGACACUUUAUCUUGGUAGGAAUAAAAUUGGUGCAAUGGGUGUAUCAGGCUUAGGUUCUGCUUUAGCAAAUUGCAUUAAUCUCUCAAAUUUGACACUUCUUCUUUUUUGCAAUUAAAUUGGUGCAAUUGGUGCAUCAGGCUUAAGUUCUGCUUUAGCAAAUUGCAUUAAUCUCUCAAAUUUGACACUUGACCUUUCUUAGAAUAAAAUUGGUGCAAUUGGUACAUCAGGCUUAGGUUCUGCUUUAGCAAAUUGCAUUUAUCUCUCAAAUUUGACACUUGACCUUUAUGGCAAUUAAAUUGGUGAUGAAGGUGCAACAGGCUUAGGUUCUGCUUUAGCAAAGAGCCUUAACCUUUCAAAUUUGACACUUAAACUUUGUGUCAAUUAAAUUGGUGCAAUUGAUGCAUUAGGCUUAGGUUCUGCUUUAGCAAAGUACAUUAAUCUCUCAAAUUUGACACUUGAUCUUGAGUAAUAACAGUUUAUUUAUUUUGAUUUGUGA